GUUUUACAUGUAUGUUUUUUCGUAUGUUUUUCUCCUUUUUUUCGGCUUUCCCACCAUCCUAAUGCAAUAUCUACUUCUAGGUUGAAAUGUUGUUAUUUACAUGUGCCACUCUUUUUAAAGUUUUAUAGGGUGAUUACAUAUACCAAACUAUAUUGAGCAACUUUUGCUCCAGUCUAAAAUUAUUGACGCAAAAUAGAGGUUAGAGUAAUGCUUGAACUUAUUCUUUUUUCUUAUGUUAUGCUACUUUCGUAAUGGUUAUUGAUUGAAAUCAAAACUAAUUGAAUAAAGCAAUAUUACAAUUUAUCAUCCCUGAAUGCUCGUUGAAUAAAACAACGAUCACAAUAUGCCAUCCUUGAAUUAUUUUAUUUCUACACUUAAUCAGUUUUGUGCAAGAAAGCGUAUCAAAACAGCUGAUUAUUUGGUUUUGAUCCGGAAAUAGAAUGAAAAUUAUAUGAUAAAAUUUAUAUAUUUUAACUUAUAAAACUAAAUUAGUUUUUAUAUUUAAAAUUAUUUACAUAUUAUUUUUAUUUUUUAGCAAUUUCAUAUAUAAAUUAGAAAUAAAACGAAAAAAAUAGGAAUGCGAAAGCAAAUACCUAAUCAGAGCGGAUAAUUACUUUAUUUAUAUCCUUGUUCCCCUAGAUUUGCCAUCACCCCCCCUCUUGGCUCCUCCCCUAUAUAAACACACAUAUCUGUCCUCGUAUCUAUUCGCUAUCCUCUCAAAACAACACAGAUACAUAAUUACAUCGACGGGCAAGUAAGAAUCAGAAGACAACAUGAAUUACUGGGACAUGUUGCCUGAAGGCUGCAUAGCAGAGAUAGUUUCUCAUACAACUCCACUUGAUGCUUGUCGUGUCGCUCUUGUCAGCCCCGCUGUGCGUUCUGUGGCUGAUUCUGAUCCUGUUUGGGACAAAUUUCUGCCGCCUGAUUAUCGCCAGCUCAUUGCCAGGGCUGUGGAUAAAAAACCCAUUCAUCAGCUUUUGUCUGCUUCUCCUUCCAAGAAGGAUUUGUAUCUCUCGCUCGCUCAUCAGCCUCUCCUCAUUGAUGCUGGUGAUAUGAGUUUUUCUCUGGAUAAACGGACAGGAAAAAAGUGUUUUAUGAUGGGGGCUAGGGCACUCACUAUAUUGUGGGGUGACAAUCCUAGUUACUGGAGUUGGAGAUCUGAUUCGGGAUCAAGAUUUGGCAAGUCCAUUGAGUUGAUUAGUGUUUGGUGGUUUGAAAUCCAUGGAAGAAUAAGCACUUCAUUGUUGUCUGGAGAUACCGUUUACACCACGUAUCUUGUCUAUAAGCCAACAAAAACACUGCACGGGUUUGAAGACCUUCCGCUGGAAAUUUCUGUUGGGAUAGAUGGCGAAGAAAGCAUAAAGCGCAAUGUUUUUGUAGACCCAGAAGGUGUAGUGCAGCGUGAAAAUGUCACCAGGCCUAGGCGAAUGGGUUUGUUUCAUAAUUUCAGAGCUGGCCGCCAAAAUCCAAGGACUAGAAAAGAUGGAUGGUUAGAAAUUGAGCUCGCCGAAUACUACAACAAAGAAGGGGAGAACAGAGAACUGCAGAUCAUUUUGUGGGAAGAGAAAAGUGGAAACUGGAAGAGUGGUCUUAUUAUUCAAGGGCUUGAGAUCCGGCCUAUGCACCGUCGUCUCGACAAAUUUUGGGGCCCUGUGCAAAAAUUAUUAAUGGAACCCCAAAUAUUUAUAUAAAAACACAAUACUAUUGCCCAAUUGUUAUAAUAAUAUAAUUUUUAAAUAUAGAACAAAAAAUAACAUGAAACGUGUUUUUUAUUUUUCUUAAAAUAUAAGAAUUCUAAUCUAAUAAGUAAUAUAUGCUUUUAGAUAAAUUUUGAGUUAGUGAGAAUCGAAAUAUAAUAGAAAAUAAGAAAUAAAAUGAAUUAAUUAACAGUUUCAUGUAUUUUAUUUUUUUAAUUUGAAGUUUUUAUUAGAUU